UAAUCAAACCUUAAGCCAAACCUCCGAUUCUCAUGCAAACAAUCAACCUCCACUUUUCCAUUCGUUUUCCUAAUUUUGCCUCCUUCAAACUGAACCGCUCCUCAUACAUCCAUGGAGGAGCGGGUAUUUCCCGUCGACGGCAACAAGGAUGACCCUCCGUUAAAGCCUGUUUCUGGUGACAAAGUUCCUCCUCCUCCUGGCAUGGCCCUGGUGAAAUCCAACGAGACAUAUGUCAUCCGAAUCCCAAGGGAUCAAAUUUACCGUGUUCCACCACCCGAAAAUGCCGAAAUUGUGGAAAGUUACCGGAAACCUUCCGGCAACAAUGGUAAGAGAGGAUGUGGUGGACGUUGUUGGAUUUUCGCAGUUCUGGUUGCAUUAUUGGUAAUCGGGUUCGGAAUAUUUCUCGCAAUCCAGCAUUUCUCCAACCCGAAAUCCCCCAAAUUCUCCAUUGCUCAUUUCGGGAGAAAAGCGACGAAAUUACCAAGCCAUCAUCAUACUCCUCUCCAUAAUAAAAAUGCUGUGUAUGAAAUUUUGUUACAGGUUUUCAACCCAAAUGAGAAAUCAGUGGUUCAUUAUGGAUCAGGAAACUUGACCCUUCAUUUUAAGCGUUACGGAAUUGCUUAUGGCGUGUCGAAAUUGGUUGAACAAGGAGGCGGGACAACGGUUAAGGUUGACCAUUCUCUUCAUGGUACAAAGGUGGAAUUACCUGAAGAAAUUCAGAAAAUCAUGAAUGAUAAGCAUCCAAGGGUCUUGGUUUUGAAGAUUGAUGUGCCCAUUGAAGUUAAAUCGUGGGAUAAGACAUUCAAGAAGAUGAUGGUUGUUGGGUGUGAAUUGGAGGUGGAUUCAUUAACCCACCAAAGUGCAAAAAUUCUGUCUCAACAAUGUGGAACGAAUUAAAAUUUUUCUUUUUGAGACGUAUUAAAUGUCAUGGUUUUAUGUAUGAGAUGAAAAUCUGCUCUGGGUUGUUAUGCAUUUAUAAUUGUUACCAACAAAAUUCGAUUGCUUUCUGACAUAUGCAGGACAGGGUAUUUGGUUAAAUUAUGGCAUUAUGGUUUUGCAAUAUUUAGCUUUAAGGUUUACUUUAUUAGUUUGGCGUUCUUGAUGAUUGACCACUUUCGCUCAGCUUUAGCUUUAGCUUUAGUUAUUUUUCUCUACUGUUUGUAUGUGAAAAAUGUGAUCCUUUUUUCUUCUGGGAAAAGUGGCAGAG